UGCAUAUUUGACAAUAUAAAUUUGCAUCCCAAUAAAAUUAGCUAAAAAAAAUAUACAUAAUAUAUUUUGUAAAAAUAAGAAAGCAAUUCAAGGCAUGUCAAUAAUAAAAGAUCAAAAUACGUACUCAACUCCAACAAAAAAGUUAAGAUUCCGUGGAGAUUUAAAUUUGCAAAAUUUUGAUGGACGUAUUGAAGAAAUUUUUGAUGAUAUUAAUGAUAGAAGAAAAUUAAAAAACGGAGAAUGUAAUACUACCACCGGCAACAUAGAUAACGAACGGAAAAAUGAAGAAAGCCCAUCAUUUUUCGAUUUCUUCAAAGUUGAAAUGACAAGAGGUUAUAUAUUGGAACAUGAUCAGGAACGAUAUUCGGCAAGGCGUCAAAAAAUAUACUCUUUUAUGAAAAUACCAAGAGAAGUAGAGAAGUUCAUGUAUUACGGAGUUAUUCAAUGUGCUGAUUCUUUUUUAUAUAUUCAUACAUUUCUUCCAAUACGUUACAUUUUAGCUCUUUGGGGAAUUAUAUUUCGCCCAAUAGCUAGCUGUUUAGGUUUUCGUCGUAAAACACAAAAAUUAUUAACACCAGCUGAAAUAUGUGAUCUUUUAAAGGGAUCAAUAUGGAUAUUUUGUAGUUUAGUUAUAGUAUUAUAUGUAGAUACUAAUAGAAUAUAUCAUGUCAUUAAAUCACAAUCAAUUAUAAAAUUAUAUAUAUUUUAUAAUAUGUUAGAAGUUGGUGAUAGAUUAUUAUCUGCAUUUGGCCAAGAUACAAUUGAUUCAUUAUUUUGGACCGCUACUGAACCUAAAAAUAAAAAACGUGAACAUUUUGGAAUUUUGUGGCAUAUAUUUUUUGCCACAAUAUAUGUAAUGUUACAUAGCUGUUUAACAAUGUUUCAAGCAACAACAUUAAAUGUGGCAAUUAAUUCCAACAAUAAAGGAUUAUUAACAAUCAUGAUAUCAAAUAAUUUUGUUGAAUUGAAAGGCAGUGUUUUUAAAAAAUUCGAUAAAAAUAAUUUAUUUCAACUUACAUGUAGUGAUGUUAGGGAAAGAUUUCACUUAUGUGUUUUAUUGUUUGUGGUUGUUAUACAAACUAUGAAAGAAUUUAACUGGAGUCUAGAACAAUUUUAUAUUUUACUUCCAGAUUGUGUUUUUGUAUUAUUAACAGAAACUUUAAUUGAUUGGCUGAAACAUGCUUUCAUUACAAGAUUCAAUGAGUUGCCUGUUGAUGUGUAUCGGGAGUAUACAAUAUCGUUAGCAUAUGAUAUGACACAAACACGUCAAAAACAUGCUUAUUCAGAUCAUUCAGAUUUAGUUGCACGUAGAAUGGGAUUUAUACCAUUUCCAUUGAGUGUGGUGCUUAUUAAAGCACUUUAUACGUGUGUUUCAUUUGAUAAUUUGGCAGCAUUUGUUCUUGCUUUGUUAGUAUACAUUUCUUUAAUGUCAUUGCGUAUUUUAAAUACAAUUUAUGCUCUUGGAAAAGCAUGUGAUCUUAUGAAACAACAUCAAGAUGAAAAAAUUGGUAAUACGCCAACAUCUUCAGUAACUGGUGGAACACCAGUUUCAAGUAUAACUGGAAUUAAUGUUUUACCAUCGACUCCAGCAUCUCAAAAAACUAAAUUAGUUUCUAAUCAAAUUCAAACAAAUGAUCAAUCAACAUCACCAGUCCAUUCGUUUCCAUUACAAAGAGCUCAUACGGUCGAUGUUGUUACAGAUAAAAAAAAUAAAACGAUAAAUGAAAAAGAUGAUAAUUCAUUAAAGAAUAAUACAUUAGCUUUAGGUGCGACCGCAUUAUUUUCAAAUUCUGAUGUUGAUUUAGACGAUGUUUGUUUAAAUGAAAAAGUAUUAAAUACGUCUGUACAAAGCGAUGAUGUUUUUGAAGAAGAUGCUCCAUUAGCUCGUAGUGUACCUGAUUUACAACAGGAAAUAAAUGAUAACAAUAAUACAUCAACUGAUCAAAGACCUUCAGUUGUAACAAGAACUCACAAAAGAUCCGAAAGUGAACCUUCUAUACAAAGUAUUUUAGGUAAUGGUAAUAAUGGAGUAAACGGCGAUAAAGAAUCAUUAUCGUAGUUUUUAUAUUAUACACAUAAAUUUUUAUUGCUUUUUGUUUUGCUUCUGCUUUUGUAAUUUUGUAACUAUUACUAUUUAAGAAUAUCUUAAGUCUGAUUUUGCUUUUAUGAGAGCAAAAAAGAAAAAAACAUAGUUUGUAAAUGAGUGAGUUUCAAAGGAAUUAAUACUUCUUUUUUAAUUUUCUGAAAAUCAUAAAAUCAUAUAAAAUGAGUGUGCUGAUGUUAUUGCAUUAGAAGAAUAUGUGUGUAAAUUUAAUCUUAUGUAACAUUUGAAAUAUGUAGGAAAGGAAUAUUACGAAUUUUAUUUGUUUAGAAUUUUUAAACAAAAAUUCCACAUAUGUACAUAUGCAUAAAAAGUUGUAAACCUUUUGUGCGAAAUUUCGAAAAUUUGUAAUAAAUUUUUUAGUUGUCCAUUCAGCAUUUUCAAUUCCAAGAAUCAUAAUCAUAAGAAUUGAAAAUCAUUUUUUUC